GAGCUGAGUGUGGCUCUGUACAGGCAUCUCCUUGGCCUUCAGGAGAGCAAAGGCAGCCUGGACCAGCCUGCAGGUGGAAAGGAUCUGAACCUUCUGUGCUGUGACAUUGAUCCAGUGUUGAUUGAGAGGGCUCAACAGUGCAGCCCCUUUCCUACCUCCAUAUCCUUUGCCAACCUGGACAUCAUGGACUCCAGUGCUAGGGAGCCAUUCCUGAGCUCCUACCUGGGCCGUUUUGGCCGCUCCACCUUUGACAUUGGUUUUUGCAUGUCUGUGACGAUGUGGAUCCACCUGAAUCAUGGGGAUAGUGGCCUGAUGGACUUCCUGUCCUUCCUCUCCUCUCUGUGCAAGUACCUGCUGAUUGAACCUCAGCCGUGGAAGUGCUACAGGGCAGCUGCACGCCGCUUGCGGAAGCUGGGCAGAAAUGACUUUGAUCACUUCCGAUCUCUUGCGAUCAAUGGGGAUAUGGCAGAGAGGAUAACCCAGAUCUUAACGAAGGACUGUGCCAUGGAGCUGGUGUGUUGCUUUGGGAGCACCAGCUGGGACAGAAGCCUCUUGCUUUUUAAAUCAAAUGGCUCGAAUCACGAGGGCAGGGAGUCUUCGGAACAGGAGCAGUGA